AUGCCUUACAGCACUUUGAGCACGAAAGCAACCUCGCGGGACGAUCUAUUCAAGCAGACGAGUCCCAAUGAUGCUCGCGAUAGCAAGCGCAUCAUUCACAGCUCCAUCCCCAACUCGACUUUCACGGAAUCCCACGUCACGUCAUCCAAUAACGGCUUCGUCGUGAUGGCCUGGGAAGCAUACAGCUCCCACCAUCAUUUGAGCAUCCGUCCUGAUGAUAUUUGGUUCGCCAUCCUCUCGCAGUUGAGCUUCUACAUUAAUAAAAACGCCGAAAACCUACGCCAGUACUUCGUCAACCACGAGGGCCAGAAGGAGCUCAUGAUUGAGGAGUUCGGGAACAUCGACACUAUUGAUAUGGGGCUCUUUGCGCGGCGCAUGACGGGCAAGGUUCAGGAGAAUGUCAAAGACCCUAACUUCCGAGACUGGAUUAUGCCAACGUUCAGCACAACAACAGUCGACGAUCGCUCCACCGCCGCAGUCUUAAUGAUGGGCAGCCUACAAGCGUACUUCAGAUACAAAUUCAAGUGUAUGUGCGGUAUACCCUCCGUGACGCUCCUAGGUGAACAAUCAGAUUACGAAGACAUCCUCCAACGCCUCGACAAGCUCAAAGAACUCGGUCCUGAAACAGCAGAUUGGGCGAGCCUUUUGCGUCCCGUUCUGCGCAACUUCAUCGCGUCUUUCGCCGAAGUCAUGACUGCCGAGACCAAAAGUUUCUGGUCCAGGAUUGCGCACCACGAAGGAGGAUCGGGAGUUUCAAAGCUCUCAGGCUGGCUCACAGCGUUUUGCUUCUGGGGCCAUGACGGCGUCUCGCUAUACUACAAGCCGGUGUCGUACCGCCCUUUCACUAUUGCUUCGCCUCCUUUCUCCCUCGAUCCUACUACGUACACGCCAAAUUUGGCAGCCAAUGUGCGCUCCCCUGGCACUGUGCUGGAUGGAGUUACUUACCACACUAUUGAUACGGACGACAUCCCCAACGGGUUCGCAUCGGUGCCGGUACUGGUCGAUGACAACGGUACGCAGUACCGGACGAAAAUGGUGGCCGGGAGUUUGGGCAUCAAGGCACAGUACAGCGGAGAUAUGGAUGAAGAUGGGGGGAAGAAGCUCGAUAGUUUGAGCAGUCUGACGGGCUGGAUCAUGUAUGAGGUGAAAGAUGAUGUGGGCGAUAAGUGA